UUAUCAGAUGCCGCAAUUACAAUAUAAGAUACUGUCUCCUUUCACUAUAAUUAACAAAUCUUUUAUUCAAGACUAACGAAUGAAUUAAGUGCAGCUGCACAGACCUGUAGCCUAGCAGCAAUUAUUCCGGUUAAUGCUUCGCAAAGUGUUUUAAUUUAGCCAGUCGGCGGCAAUGCAUCAACCCAUUCAUGAGUGUUUCACAUGCAAGUUUGUUACUGACAUUGCAGAGUUUUUGCAUCGUGCAGAAGUGGGUUUGGGCUCUGACGCAUCAUCAUCAUCAUCCUCAUCCUCCCAGCGCGCGUCCAGCUCGCCAGCUCAGACUAGUUCAGCACCGUCCGCAGCCGCUCAUAGAAAAGCGGCCAGUGCUGGCAGCUGUGGAUUUUCUGAAGGCUUUAAAAAAAAAUCUCAUGCUGCAAAUUAUCAUGACUCGGAAUUUUUAUUACAGUAAAUGUCAAGCUCGUGCGUUGUAACGGAGGAAAACCGUAACGCAUUUCUUUCACCAGCUCUAUAGAAGUCGGCUAAUACGUCCGUUUCUGAGUUUCAAAGCUGAAAAGUUGUAUGAUGGCUUCUGCGGCAAAGUAUAAAGAGGAAAGCGAGCCUCGGAAUAGUCUUGCGUGGCAGAGCUGUUGCUUUGCAGGGAUUCUGCCGACAGCCGCCUGUUUCGUGCUGUCUGUGAGCUCAAUAUCUCUGGGGCUUCUGCUGAGCUCCAGAACGUCCCAUCUGGAGCAUCGUGUGAAGGUACUGGAAGCCCAGAAGAGCUCCCUAUUCCUGGAUGCAGCUUCUGAGUUAGGGGCAGAUGGAACCGUACUUACACUUCGGGAUGCGAUUGAAAAGCUCCUGCAAGAGAGACUGGACGCCUUGAUGCCUAAACUCCGCUCAGCGAGGGAUGUGCCGCAGGACUGUUCUUGCCCGCCAGGUGACGACAAACGCUCUGCAUAAGAGUAUCUGAUGGGACGAAUGAAAUAAACGUGAUCGGCAGAUUCAGAUGGCGAAGGCUGAAGUUGACCAAUCGGGGGGCAGAUCCAGCUGUGUUCAGCAUGUUUUUGGACCGUGGGGGGAAACCAGAGUACAUGGAGGAAACCCCACGGCACCUCGGAGAGAACGUGCAAACUCUGCCGCCCCGUAACGCAUAACAUAUAACAUAUGAUAUAACAUACAACAAAACAUAUAUAACAUACAACAAAACAUAUGAUAUACAACAACACAUAUAUAACAUACAACAAAACAUAUAUAACAUACAACAAAACAUGAUAUACAACAACACAUAUAUAACAUACAACAAAACAUACAACAUAUACAACAAAACAAACUGUUUGUGGUCCUACCAAGGCUGGAAAUCUUGCUUUUGGUGUUACAGUUUAAAGAAUAAAAAUAAAGUUUACAAACUGUCAUUAUUAAAUAAGAUGAAGAAGAAAUACUGUAAUAAAGAAUGAAAAAUGAAGAGUGUCUUCAAGUAAUAUUACAUUACUGCAGCAUGUUCAUAAGAUUUAUUGGCUUAGGAAUGAAUGAUUUUUAUAA